UUAGUCAUACGGCUGUACGCUUAACCUGGGAAGCAUCUCUUAUUUUUUAACAAAUGAAUAAUUUUUAGUUAUAUUUAUUUCAAUCUUGACGAUCGACAUUUAUUUAGUUUGAUGUCUUACUUUGAAAAAUCUCAUUAACAAAAUUAUCGGCAAGCAUUUCAUAACGAAAAAAAACUCAAGAGCUUUUUCGAAAGACUGGCUUUUAGUCUACUAAGAAGUGGAAAAGGAUAAUGGCCGUCCACGGGGUUAACGACAAAAAUCCUAUGUCAUGAAAUCGUUUAUGCAAGUGUGAAUUUGUGCUUCCCUUCGUUUAACUUUCUUCGAUAAUUACGAGAUCAAGAAAACAAAAAUAUUCAAACGACUACGCAGCUUCUAAAUCAGGACUUAUUCAUCCUCCGUCCUUCUCACACUUACAGUUUCUUUUCUUUUCUGGCCAGAUGAUUUCACUACAGUCGUAUAAUCAGGUGUUAUACCAUCUUACACAGUUAACAUCAACUGUAACACCAAGGCCAUCCAGAUUUGCAACAACGGUAAAGCAUCAUGAUAAAAUUAAUAGGCAUCCUGAAGUUUUGUGCCAAAAUAGCUUAACAGAGGCUGCAAAAAAUUGUACAGAACUAUACAUGGAAAGGUUAAAUACGCAACAUCUAGCUACUCCUUUAAGAAUAAAGAGAAACGAUGCAUAUGAUAUAUUAAAACAAUUAUCUAAGGGUCUCAAGCCAACUGUUUCAAGAAUUAUAGACAAGAAUUCUAAAUGGAGAGUUUCUUACAUAUCUGGUGCAAGCUUUAUUGAUAACAAAUAUGGCUUUCCUCAUGUUCAAUUUCCAGAACCAACUCUUCUGCCCAUGAUGUGUUUAUCAUCUUGGCAGCCCUUCAGAUUAUUUAAAAAUAUGCACUCACCGUCGCAGUUUGCUUAUGAUAUGCAAAUAAGAAGCUUCAAGACAGAUAGAAGUGCAAAGGUAGAUCGUGAAAGGAAUCCUACCCUGGGUGGCAGAUUUCGAAAAUGGAUGGGAAUGACAUCAUCAGGACAUCAGGAAGAUAGAGGAAUGAUAACAGGUGCGUCUAGUGAACAUGCUGUGGAGAAGCUACGAACUUUACUCAGUGAUCAUGAAAUGAGUACAGAUGAGCAGCAGCGUGUCAAAGUAGCGUUUGCAGAAGGAUAUAUGGCAGGUCAUGGGAAGAAGACUCCAGAUCGUACACUUAAAUGGCUUAAAGUUGUACAGCAUGUAGUGAUGAUCGGCAUUUUCUUAACGGUCUUCAUCUCUUUCAUGGCAAGUGCUAGUGGAAGCAUGUUCAGAAUCCAGAUUGGGAAUCAAGUUGAGGUAGAUCCUGAGGAGAUUCAUGUUACAUUUAAUGAUGUAAAAGGAGUUGAUGAAGCAAAACAAGAAUUGAAAGAUGUCGUUGAAUUUCUUAAGAAUCCAGAUAAGUUUUCUGCUCUGGGUGGUAAGCUGCCAAAAGGUGUUUUAUUGGUAGGUCCACCAGGGACUGGAAAGACUUUAUUGGCACGUGCUGUAGCAGGAGAAGCAGGGGUUCCAUUCUUCCACGCAGCUGGACCUGAAUUCGAUGAGAUUCUUGUCGGACAAGGUGCCCGAAGAGUGCGUGAUUUAUUCAAGGCAGCCAAAGAAAGAGCUCCCUGCGUAAUUUUCAUCGACGAGAUUGAUUCUGUCGGUGCGAAACGAACAAAUUCUGUAUUACAUCCUUACGCGAAUCAAACGAUUAAUCAAUUGCUCUCGGAAAUGGACGGAUUUCAUCAGAAUGAAGGUGUCAUUGUUUUGGGUGCUACCAACAGAAGAGAGGAUUUGGAUAAAGCAUUAAUGCGGCCCGGUAGAUUUGACGUUGAGAUUUUCGUCAACGCGCCAGAUUAUCUGGGACGAAAGGAAAUAUUAGAUUUGUACUUGAGUAGAAUUUUAACACGAGACGUGGACGCGGAGUACCUGGCGAGAUGCACCACAGGAUUUACAGGAGCUGACAUAGAAAACAUGGUUAAUCAAGCUGCUUUGAGAGCAGCUAUCGACGGUGCAGAUUAUGUGACAAUACAGCAUUUAGAGCGAGCAAGAGAUAAAGUGAUCCUGGGGCCUGAAGGAAAAUUGCGAAUGCCAGAUGAUGAAGUUAAUCGUAUCACUGCAUAUCACGAAGGUGGACAUGCUUUAGUUGCUUAUUAUACUAAGGAUGCAGUUCCUUUACAUAAAGUAACAAUCGUACCACGCGGACCUUCCUUAGGGCAUACAUCUUAUCUUCCGGAGAAGGAUAUUUACCACGUAACUAAAGCCCAGCUCCUAGCUAACAUGGACACAAUGAUGGGCGGACGAGCUGCUGAAGAAUUGAUUUUUGGCCCAGAAAGAGUGACUACAGGCGCCUCAAAAGAUUUAGAGGAUGCCACUAAGAUAGCUGAGGGGAUGGUCAAGUCCUUUGGUAUGUCUGAAAAAGUCGGUUUCAGGGCCCAUUAUAACAAAAAUAGAGAUUACAAUGGUUCAUCUGAGUAUAGCCCAAUGACUAAUGAACUAAUAGACAGUGAGGUGAAACGUCUGCUCCAGGAAUCGUAUGAGCGUGCUAAAAUGAUCCUAAAGACCCACGCAAAAGAACACAAGCAACUUGCUGAUGCAUUGCUUAAGUACGAAACAUUGGAUGUGGAGGACGUAAAGGCCAUUGCUAAUGGCAAAAAGACGAAAACUGAAACAAUCAACAGCAAGCGGCCGAUAUUGGACGUUCCGAAAAUUAUCAAUCAUAAACAAAAUAAAAUGCCAUAAUUAUCUGUCAAAUAAUAGACAUUCCACCAAGGCUACAAACCUGUAUCAAUUGCACCGACGCAAAUAUGGAAGUUCGAGGUAUUUUGUGGAUAUGACAACGAAAUGUCAUAUCAAUGAAAAUUUUUCUUUACGUUUUUCUAUCAAAUUUAGAUAUUCUACGUAUUUCCUCUAAGGUUGAAUUUCUGCAAUUCAGCUCAAUAUGUGAACUUGGUUUACUUUCAAAAUACAAAUGUCUGAAUGGCUAAUGGGCAAUUAAAUCUAGUUUAAACAAUACAUUCU